GGGCCCUACCUACUUUCAAGUCUCUUAUUUAAAUGCUUCAGAGCUGAGUCCUCAGUUUGUGUUAAGAAAUAGUUGCAUUUUCAUCAAUAAAUUUUUAUAUAUUAUAAUAAUUAUGACUACGUACACUGAUAAAGGCCCAAAACCGGCCGGUGGAAAAUUUAUAGCAUUUGAUCACCUGAAACUGUGGGUAGGAAAUGCUAAGCAGGCAGCAGGUUUUUAUUGCGCGAGAUUUGGCUUUGAGCCUCUAGGUUACCGAGGAUUGGAAACGGGAUCACGGAAAUUAGCUUCUCAUGCUGUCAAACAGAACAAAAUUGUUUUCGUUUUUGAAUCAGCAUAUGAGCCAGAUGAUAAAGAGAUGUCUCUGCAUUUAGCACGUCAUGGAGAUGGUGUUCGAGAUAUUGCUUUUAGUGUUGAAGAUAUUGAUACGAUUGUACGUAUUGCUAAGCAACGAGGCGCUAAAAUAGUUAAAGACAUUUGGGAAGAAAAAGAUGAGCACGGUACUGUCAGGAUGGCUACUGUUCAAACUUUCGGUGAUACUCUGCACACUUUUGUUGAUAGAACUAAGUACCAUGGACAUUUUCUUCCUGGAUAUGCUGAUGUGCAACCUGAUCCUAUUACUAGACUCUUGCCACCAACAAAAUUGGAUUUUAUUGAUCAUUGUGUCGGUAAUCAACCUGACCAACAAAUGGAACCAGUUGCCAAGUGGUACGAGCAGUGCCUUCAGUUUCAUAGAUUUUGGUCAGUUGAUGAUACGCAACUUCACACUGAAUUCUCAGCACUUCGUUCAAUUGUAAUGACCAAUUGGGAAGAAACAGUUAAGAUUCCGAUAAACGAACCAGCGCCAGGAAAAAGACGGUCACAGAUUCAAGAAUUCGUUGAGUAUUACGGAGGUCCUGGUAUCCAACAUAUUGCGUUAAAUACAAGUGAUAUCAUCAAGUCAAUUGAAAACUUAAGAGCCCGUGGAGUAGAAUUCUUAUAUGUUCCGGACAGCUAUUAUGAUAUGCUUCGAGAAAAAUUGAAAUCAAGUAGCACUAAAAUAGUUGAAGAUCUUACCAUCCUACAAAAACUUAAGAUCCUUAUUGACUAUGAUGAAAAUGGUUAUCUCCUUCAAAUCUUCAGUAAAAAUGUCGAAGACCGGCCUACACUUUUUAUAGAAAUUAUUCAACGUAGAAACCACAACGGUUUCGGAGCUGGAAAUUUCCAAGCAUUAUUUGAAGCCAUUGAAAAAGAACAAGAAAGACGGGGAAAUUUGUAAAAAAAUUAUUUCAUUGGAGAAAAAGAAUUUUUUUUUUUUGAUUGCCAAUUAAUGUAUUUAAUAAAAAUGAUUAAUUACUUAAUCUUCAAAGCUAUAUAUACUAUAAACAACGUGUAAAGUUAUAUAUACUAGACUGUGACAAAUAAAGUCGAUUUUUUUUUCGGACCCAUACGAAAACUACCUUGAGUAUAAGAUAAGAAAAAAUCUGGGCAUCGGUUGGCACUGCGGACCAGCCCCAAAAUUUCCCGCUUUUUUCGAGCUCCUUGAGCUCUAAAACAUUGUUGUACAUGCGUUAUCGAACUCAGGUGAGUUAAAUGUGACCUCCUGCACUAGAAAAAUAAUGAUAGCACGUAAAGGCAGCCAUGGAGUCUUAGUAAGAAUGCUAUUGGCAUUAAAAAUGGGCCAAAACGGGCUAAUAUGCGGAUUUCAGCGACAUAAUCUUAGAAAAAAAUAUUAAAUUAUGAAGUUAUAAGGCGACAACUGCUCAGAUGCGUUCAGUACGACCUCCUGCUCUAGAAAAAUUAUAAUAUUCAGUUCUUUACAAAAAUAUGUAAAGGUCGAUUUAAUUGAUCCGUUAACGAGUUGUAAAAUUUCAAAAUUAAAAAGUAAUUUUCUCAUUGUAUUUAAAUAAGAAAUUUUAUUUGAACGAGCGCGCGUUUUGUAACUAAGUUGGAGGACUAAACUUGGUAUCUAAUUUUUUUCAUGUUACAUUCAACUUAAUUUUCGCAUCAGACCGAAAUAAAAAAUAUAUGUUUUAUUUAGCAGUCUAAUAUAUAUAUGUUUUAAAUAUAAGAAGUGCGAACGUAUUGAUUUCAUUUGCAUAUUUUGUAUUCAACAUCUAACCUUUUUAAAUUACAAAAAUACACAGCAUUAAUUUAAUGAUAAAAUAUUUUAAUUACAAUAAACUUGAAAAAUUUUUCUAUUUUAUUUAAAAAUAUAAAAAAAAUUUCAACAAAUGAAUGAUGAUAUAGAAUUGCUG